GUACCCAGGUACCGGGCGGGGAGGGUGUGGGAUGGAGGAGCGGCGCUGCUACCCUGGGGAAGCCCUGCUGCUUUGGGGAUGGUCCCCCCAAGGGUUAUCCAGCUGACCUGUGCCUGGGGACAGCGUGGGAGUCACCCGAACACCAGCUGGGAGGGCUCAGAGGGGCACCCUGACUGUCCCCCGGUGCCCCAUGGCUCUCUGGACUGUCCAGCUCCCACUCCCCAGGUGCUUUUGUGCUCCUCCUGUAAGUCCCAAAUAACCCCAGUGUCCCUGCUGUCUCGAGGACUACCAUGCUGCCUCCUCCCUCUCCCCAGACCCUUUUGAUUCUCCUUUUGUCCCUGGAACCCUCCACAGUUUUUCCUUCACCCUCCUGUGCGAUUCCCCUGCUGUCCUCAGGUUGUCCAGUGCCCCUAGAAUCUCCCAGUGCCCUCAGGUGCCCACCCACUACCCCUCCAGGCCCCCAGUAUCCCUUUACCCCUGAGACCCCCAGUUCCCCCUGCAAUUCCCCAGCACCUUCAAUAUCCCCAGACACCCACUGCCCCCUGCUACCCCCAGCCCUCCCUCGCCAGUGUCCAGGCCCUGGGGAUUGUGGCCCCAUGCCCAGCAGCCCUCCAAUGCCCACAGAGUCCCCAGGUGCCAUGUACCCCUGCAGCCUGGGCACCUGGGUGCGUGCCCAGGGUGACACCUACCAAGUGGUGGCCGACGUCAGCCAGUUUGAGCCCCCUGACAUUGUGGUGACCACCUCCAACUGCCACGUCACCAUCCAGGCAGAAAAGGUGGCUGAGGAUGGCACCGUCUGUGACACCUUCACCCACAAGUGCCAGCUGCCCGAGGACACAGACCCGCUGUCGGUGAGCUGUGCCCUCACCGAGAUUGGCACACUGGUCAUCACUGUGCAGCGCCGUGCCAGCCCCGGCCCUGGGCAGCGCCCGCAGGGGCUGCACCGCAGCGAGGCUGUGCUGUGAGCGGGGACAAAACGCGUCCUGCCCGGAGCCUGCCAACCCCAGCGCCGUGGUGAAGCUCAGCUGGUGCCCACUGGCUGUGGCCCUCUCCACCUCCAACCCCACAGUGCUACAGCUCUGUUUAUAAAGUCCUUUUAUUAA